AACCAAACAAGCAAAGACGAGCCAAGUCGGUCGCGGGCUUCUCUUUAGCUGCUGUAGUUACCUUGGUCACGCCGUCCCCCAUCGUGAGCCCGUGGGACAGUUUCCAUUCAUGGUUCAUUCAAACAUCAGCGACUGAUUGUCCGACGCCGGCAACGCGCGUCUUCUGAUCACAGCGUCACAGAAGUCGCGUGCGAUGGCACAGAGACAAGUUCCCAAGGUGCGCUAUGAAUACAUGACGGUGAACAGCGUUCCAACAAAAGUUGUCCAGGUGGGAAAGACUGACCUUGGCCCCAACUGCCAGGAGCCACUUUUGAUAUUCAUUCCAGGGAACCCAGGAAUUAUUGAGUACUAUGAAGACUUUCUCACUGAAGUAUAUGACCAUUUUGACGGCAGUAUUCAUGUCUGCGGACUUUCACAUGCGGGACAUACCGAAGUUGUGACGAAGCGCCCUGCACCGACGCCGAAAGAUCACUGGCACCUGUAUGGGCUUUAUGGGCAGGUGAGACACAAAGUGGAAUUUCUCAGGAGUCAAGUGACUGGAAAUCGUGCCAUCUUCCUGGCCAGCCACUCAAUCGGGGCCUACAUGAUGCUUCAGGUGCUCGAGGAGCUCAAGGAACUCAAUGUGAAACGUUCUUUCCUGCUGUUCCCUGUGAUUGAGCGGCUCUCUGAGGCUCCCAAUGCUUGUAGUCUAACGUGGGAUGCCCGCCUGCUGAAGCUGUUCAGCUUGUUCAUCGUGCUACUCCUCACAGUGCUUCCAGAGACAAUCAAGUCACUGUUGGUCUCUUGGUAUUGCUGGAGUUUGCCACAAGCCAUACGCCAGCGCUCAGCCAAAGCCACGAAUGUGCUGUUCAAGCCCACCGUUUUUCAAAUUGUGAUUGACAUGGCUCAUGAAGAACUUCAAGUGCUGGGAGAGAGAGAUGAUGAGUUCAUUGGGGCCCACAUGGAGCGACUGACUUUCUACUAUGGCCGCAACGACGGCUGGUGCCCCGUGCGCUUCUAUCAGGAGAUAAAGGAGACCUUCCCGAAUGGCGACAUCAAUCUUUGCAGUCUCAACCUCAAGCAUGCAUUCGUGCUCGACCGUACAGCCGAGAUCGCUGCCUUUGUCUCGAACAGGAUUAGGAACAGCUUGUGACACGAUUUCUCAAAAGCAUUGGUGUACGCGCUUCUCUUGGUGACUGUGUCCCUGUGGUGAUGAUAUCUUGUUCUUGUCGCAAUAAUUCUACGUCAUGGUUUUAUGAAGGCCUAUCAUUAUCAUGCUCUUGUACUAGUAGUGUUUUGUUCUUCUCUACGUAGAAAGACACGGUGCUCAAAUGGUCGUUUAGACUACAGAUGUAGUAUUUGUGCUCUUGCAAUAUCAUUUCUUAUUCUUCUUGACGUGCAGUACAAAUAUUCUCUUUCUUGCCAUAUUUACACUAAAUCUGCUUGCUUCAUGUGGCUGGUAGAAUCAUUUCUAAAUUGCAUUCAGGUGUGUUGUUCCAAUUAAUAGUGCUUGGAACAUUCCUACGUGAGCCAGGCAGCGGGGCUCUGUCUCCACUUCUUUUAAUCCUUCCGCUGGACCAAACAUUUCUUCACAGCUUUGUACUACAUUCAAUCCUCACAUCUUAAAAUGAAUGCGGUGCUCAAAUAAGCAGUGUGACCAUUUUCACAAACUCAUCACAAAUUUUAAAUGUAGAUGGGAGAUAGUGGGUAUAUGAUGGGAGCGACUGGUGAAAUUUAAAAAGAAAUAACCUGUUUAUGACAAUGUCCAUAUUUGUAUGAAUGUACCACUCGUUCUUUAGAAUUGCAAGGGCUGAAUUCCUGGGGUUUCAAGGUAUCAUUGUCGAGAUGAAAUGCAUGACCAGAUAUGUAUUGUGUGCAGGAACCACAUCCAAAGCGAACAGAGAAAUGCAAAUGACAUAUGUGAGUACCUGUAAAACAGGCAGUAUUCUAGGCACUAUCACUGCAUGCACCUCGACUAUUGCAUAUGAGUGCUGUGACCCAACAAAGAAAAAGAAUGAGUACCCUUGUCAAUGUUGCCCCACUGCCAUUAUCAUACCACCAUUUCAGGUGUAUGCAAGCCAGUUGUAUGAGAAAGCCCAGUUACAGGAUGUUGAUCUAGAGUUGGCUUUUCCUCAUAACUUCAGUGCACAGUGGUGAUCGUGCAGGAUUAAUUUUAAAAAAUAGGAAAAGUUUGCAUGGUAUUCAUAGCAUAGUUUGAAACGUAAUGUAAGGCACGCUUUUAGGCUUUCAGUUAGAUAAAAAACAAUCCUGUCAUAUUUCUGUUGCUAAAAUGUUUGUUCCAUAUGUUUGUGUGCCUGUGAGGGGCUGCUGUAGCAAAAUGUAUUGUGUGUAAAAAAGUGUGAGAAGUCUUGUUCCUUCAUAUACUUGAGCAUAAACAUAUCUUUAUUUACUGAACUCACAGAAGCAGUAAGAAGUUUGUUUCUGUGUGCAUUUUUAGCAUUAACAGGAAAUGUUGCUGGUACACGCUGAAAUUACAUAUGUUUCCAUGGUGCAAAGUGUUAAUGAAUUCUCACUGCAGUGUGCAGUGUAGUCACUGCAGGCGACUGUAGUGAUGCUCAAACUCUUUUGACACAAAUAAGAAAUUUUGCAUUAUUUUUUAGAUAACUUGCUAGUUACCAGUUGCCAUGACCCCUAAAUAUAUUGUAAUGUUUCUUCUACCUGCAAUCCACAUACUAAUGCCAAGAAAUGAGUAAUUGUGAUAUUGACGUGCUAUCGUCUAUAUGUUGUCUAGUCUGACAAAAAUAGUGCUGCUGUUAGUCGGUUUUACACUUGUUUCUGUUUGCUGCAAUGUUGAAAACACAGUAUUUUUAAUGCUCGAAUCCUGUGUGUUACUCACUGCUCUUUUUAUGUUGCGUAACAAUGAUUUGAUUCAUGUGUUGUUGUUGAUGCUUGCCUAGUCUUGGCAUUUACUUGACUUUUUGUCUGAUCAAUUGUUGACAAUACAUUGUUUUGUAAGUUUA